AUGGCCGCACAACCACUCGCCAACCCGCUAGACGACAGCGCGCAAUACCUUUCCCGACCUGUACCCGCAACGAACGACGCGAUCGACUCGUCUCUCCCUCAGUCCGCCGUCCCGUCCAUCCUCGUGUCGCCUGCGAGUCCCAUGGCGCCGUCGCUCGGCACACCCAGGCUUGGACCGGAAGCGGGAGGAGGGCGGAAAGUAGAGCCUGAGCGCGGUGAGGAGGAGGAGGUGAGGGUUGGGAGGGACGAGGCGGGCGAGAAUGGACAGCAGGGACAAGCGAGGAAUUGGAGGAACUGGGCGGGCAAAUCGCCGGCUCGACAAACGGCGAAACUCCCCCCGACUUCCUCCUCCUCGUCCUCACCUCCGGCAGCAAACCGGCACCCUUCAUCUCCGCCUGCUUCGUCGAGUCGGCCACCACGCAUAUCGCCUUCUUCCCCACCGUCCUCUUUCCCCUCUUCCUCCUCGACUGCCUCGAACGCCCGCCAACCGCCUUCCGAAGCCCGCACCUUCUUCGCCUCGCUCGCCUCAUCCAUCCCCUCCGUCUCGCUCCCGUCUUUCUCCCUGUCUUCCUUACUGCCCUCUCGACUGCCAGGCGCACCGCAUUUCGAGAUUCAAGAGGGUGGAUUCUCGUCGGACGAGGAGGAAGAAGAGGAUGAGGACGACCUGGAGGACGGCGAAAGGAGGAAAGAGCUGGGUGGACAGAAGGAGGGCAAACAAAAGGAGGUGCUGAUGCGGCAGAGUAUGGACUUGCGGAUUGAGGACGCCACUGACGGCCCCUCCGUCGUCUCCGACAAGAAUCCGGUCGUCCCCUCGCCCGCCUCAGCCUCCCCCUCUGGCGCCGCUCCCUCGUCCCCCGCUCGUCCAGCCUUCGCGCCCCUCGCACGCACACCCUCCUCCGCGUUCGUCGCGGCCUCGAAAGAAGGACUCGUCCACCCACUCACGAUGCACGCCAUCGCCCGUCGCGACUCGGAACAAGAAGCUAUCCGUGUCGUCCGUGCGCGGGAGGCGACUGAGCGAAAGAGGGAGAGCUCGGUCGAGAGUGAUUCGAGUGUCCCUGGAGGUGCGGGAGGGAAGAUGCCUGCGUUGCUGAGGGAGCAGAGUUGGACUGCGAGGGCGAGUUCCGGGCUCGCGAGGAGCGAGAGUCCGACGCAGAUGAGUGAUGAGGAUGGGAUGGCUAGUGGGGCGAGUGCGAGGCAGGGCAGCUUGAGAAGGAAGAAGGACUUGAGCGGGUCGGCGCUUGGGCUGGGGUUGGUGCAUGAGGGAGCGGAGGACGAGACGGGUCGACAAGCGAGCGGGGCGACAAUCACUCCAAGCACGGCGAUUCCUUCAGCUGCUACGGGUGGACCUGCGUCCGUCGGCUCUGCCGGAGCAUCUGGCACCUCGACGCCAAACCGCUCGUCCUUCACCCACAAUCGCUCGGUCUCGACCGCCUCCUCCCGAGCCGACCCACCUCCGCCCCUCUCUGCCGCCUCGAUCAAAGCGCCCAAAAAGUCAUUCCUUUCCCGCUUCGGCCGCAACCGCACCGCCUCGAGUUCGUCUGCCCCGCCGCGCGAGAUGAGGGAGUCGACGCCGCCAAUGUCGGCGUCGAGCGCGAGUGGCGCGUUCUCGCCGACCAGUGUGGACAGGGAGACGCUUGACAGUCCGACGAUGGAGUCGACCCCGAUCAAGGCGGAGAAGGGUGCGGCGAAAGGCGAGAAGAUCCAGUUUGCAAAGGUCAAGACGAAGGGCAAGCCGACCAAGGCUUUCGGCAAGCUCUUCCUCGCGCAAGAACUCGUCUUCCCCUCCGCCAGCUCGUCCUCCUCCCGCCCGUCCGCCGCGGCCGGCGACGACGACUCCCUCCACUCUCGAGACGAGACAGCGUCCCAGCGGUCCGGCAACGAUGACGGCGCGAAAGGGACGAAGAAAAAGAAUGCGAUCUGGACGAUCAAGUUCUCUGAGGACGGCAAGUACCUCGCGACUGGCGGUGUCGACGGCGUUGUGCGCGUCUGGGAAGUCCUCUCGACGCCCGAAGCACGCGAGGCUGCGCUCAACUCGCAGACGAGCCCGACGGCCGACAGCAGCGCCGCUACGCCAGGCGCACCCGACUCGCCCACGAUCACUCGAAGCGGCGGAGCUCCCGCCACACCGACCUCGACGACGGCCGCUCCAGGUCUGCGGAGCAAGAAGUCCAAGUCCAACCUGGCGCAGACGCAACUGCCGAAAACGCCGGUUUGCGUCUUGCCUGUCUUUGCGCCGAAGCCGAUUCGCGAAUUUAAGGGUCACGAUGCGGAUGUGCUCGAUCUGAGCUGGAGCAAGAACAACUUCCUCCUCUCGUCAUCGAUGGACAAGACCGUGCGCCUGUGGCACAUCUCGCGCGACGAGUGCCUCUGCGCUUUUCAGCACCUCGACUUCGUUACGUCGAUCGCCUUCCACCCUCGCGACGACCGCUUCUUCCUGUCCGGCUCGCUCGACUGCAAGCUGCGGCUGUGGAAUAUCCCGGAGAAGCGCGUUCAUAUUUGGACCGAGGUGCCCGACCUCAUCACGAGCGUCGCCUUUACGCGGGACGGCCAGCGUGCGAUUGCGGGCACCUUCGGCGGUUCAUGCAUGUUCUUCGAUGUCGGCACGCUCCACUAUCACACCCACUUCACGGCCAAGUCGACUCGUGGCAAGAACGCGCGCGGCAAGAAGGUCACCUGCCUCUGCCCGUACCCUCUCCCCUCAAGCGGCGGCGAGCGCCUCCUCGUCACGACGAACGACUCGCGUAUCCGGCUGUACCACACCGCCGACAAGAUGAUCGAGGCCAAGUAUGCCGGCCACGAGAACAUGAGCUCGCAGAUUCGGGCGAGCUUCAGCGACGACGGGCGGUGGAUCAUUUCAGGCUCGGAGGACCGCAACGUCUACAUUUGGGAGUCGGGGAUGGCGCCGCACGAGAACGAGGGUUUCCGUCUCUCGAAGAAGCGGAAAGAUGGCGCUGGUGUCGAGUUCUUCCCGAUGUCGGCUCACAUCGUCACGGCGGCCAUCUUUGCGCCUACCAUGACUCGCUCGCACCUCGCCGCCGCCCACGACCCGAUUUUUGACGACGGUCACUCGCACUUUGCGCCUCUCGACCGCACCCUCUCAGGCGCGAGUCUCGGACUUGCAGGCGUGACGAGCCGUGCGACGACGAUCGAGAGUACGCUGGCGGCUGGCGGGCUGACCGACGGCGAGGUGCUCGUGCCGGCCACCAGUCGUGAGGGACAGGUCGUGCCCGGCGCAGGGGGUGCGGAGGACGCCAUCAUUGUGGUUGCCGAUGCCGAGACGAGCACCAUCUCCGUCUUCCGCAACUCGAGCAUCCCCGUCAACGCCGUCGCCUCGACCCUCGCUGCGCCUACCUCAGGUUCGAAGCUCUCUCGCGGCGGCUCGAAGCGCUGGAGCCUCUACAGCGACGGGGCGCGCUAG